UACUUUGGAGUUUUGUCCAUAUUUAUAUGACAACACAGAGAAAGAAGUGCUUGUGCUUCCCUCCAUAUCUGUAUCCGAACCAAAUUCCCAACCUCAACCUCAACUCCACACCACACCACUUUCCCUCGUUUUCUUCUUCUCCUCUCUCUCUCUCUUCCCGCUUUUUCUAUUCCCAGAUCUCAUCUCCUCACAUCUUCUGCUCUCCGAUUCCCUUCUCUAUUCUCCUCUCAUUCAAUUCCCCUCACCCAAAAUCGCUUUUUUAAACCCUUUUCUUUAGAGUUUUAAUGAAUUUGUACUUCCCUCCACAAAGUUGAAUUGACAAAAAAGAAAAAGAAAAAGAAAAUCAAGAAUCGAGAAGAAGAGCUUCUUGUUUUACAGAGAGGAUCAUGCAGCAGCAGCAACAAGCAAUCAAGCGGCGGCAGCAGCUGCCCUUCACGGCGGCGAAGCCGCCCUUUGGGGACUACCACCGAUUCGCCGCUCUCCCUCCUCAAGCACCGGAAGGCAUCGUUGUCAAGACUCCGCCUUUGAAGCGGAAGAACGAGACAGCCAAGAACAGUCUGGGUUCUGGAUAUUAUGGUGCCAAUAGUCCGUUUCAAACACCUGUUUCAGGAAAAGCGGGAAAGGCUCAGAAAUCAUCUAGGACAUCAAAAGCCAACAUAUCUGCAUUUCAAACUGCUGGGAAUGCUGAAUCCCCUUCUAGCAACAAUGCCACUCCAAUUGGUCCUUGUCGGUAUGAUAGCUCCCUAGGCCUCUUGACAAAGAAGUUCAUUAAUCUGAUCAAACAUUCUGAAGAUGGCAUUCUGGAUCUAAACAAAGCUGCUGAUACACUAGAGGUGCAAAAGAGGCGUAUCUAUGACAUCACGAAUGUCCUGGAAGGCAUCGGCCUAAUAGAAAAGAAAUUAAAGAAUAGAAUUCAAUGGAAGGGCCUAGAUGUGUCAAGAACGGGAGAAGAUGAAGGUGUUGCAAGCUUACAAGCAGAAGUGGAGAACUUGACCUUGGAAGAACGUAGAAUAGAUGAACAAAUCAGAGAAAUGCAAGAAAGAUUGAGGGACCUGAGUGAAGAUGAAAACAAUCAAAGGUGGCUUUUUGUCUCUGAAGAAGAUAUUAAGAAUAUACCGAUUUUUCAGGAUCAAACACUAAUAGCAAUUAAAGCUCCACAUGGAACCACAUUAGAAGUCCCGGAUCCUGACGAGGCUGUUGAUUAUCUUCAGAGGAGGUAUAGAAUAGUUCUUCGCAGCACCAUGGGGCCCAUAGAUGUUUAUCUUGUCAGUCAAUUUGAGGAAAAGUAUGAGGAGAUGGGUGCAGUUGCAGCACCACCAAACAACCCUUCGACAUCAGGUGCCGAUAAUAAUGCCACUGCAAAAUUGGAAAUUGAGAAGAGCAGAGUAAAUGAAGUAGAGAGGCAGGAAAAUGAAACAGAAACAAUCCCCUCGGAUCUUGGUACCUCAGAGGAUUUCAUGGGUGGAAUCAUGAAAAUCGUUCCCGAUAUUGAUAAUGAAACAGAUUACUGGUUCAUGUCAGAUCACACUGGAAUCACUGCUAUCUGGGAAGACUCUCACUUAGCCGACUUAGCCAGCUUUGACUGGAGUGACUUGAUAACAGUUAAUGAAGAUCACGCUACAACUAAUGUCAGUACUCCACACGCCCAAACUUCACCUCCCACUUUCCCCGAACUGCCUUGUGCAACUAAUACUACCAUAAGCUGAAUGUUAUCUGCUGGCAAUUCCCGGUGACUCAAAAUAACGGUUGCUCCAAGUAUAUAAAGAUUCUUACUUUAUUAUUUCUCUUGCCCCCCUUCGAACGAGUCUGAAUAGAGAAGGAAUUGUAUCCAUUCUAUGCAUUUCUAGAGGGAAAGUUGCCUUGAGGCUGGGAAUGAAACAUGUAUCUGAGUCUUCCUGUACAGUGAUCUAUUACCUUGUAACUAGCAAUAAGAUUAGUUUUAGGAGAUUUCCCAGUUUAGCUCUGUAUUAUCUCAUCUUGUACCUUCAAACUGUUAAACAUGACAAAUUCAAUUAUAACUUUCUCUAAUGAAUGUUUCUACCACAA